AUGGAAGACAGAGACACGCACUUUACUCUACACCUGCCGUGCCUUGCAAUCCUGGACAUUCCACAGGAAUUAAACGAUCGUCUCAUUGCCUUCCUGUGGAAGUAUCCCUAUGACCCCAUAGCUCUGAACGACGCUCUGCAGGCGGUUCUGGUCCAUGAACGCAUCUCCAAGGCGUUUAACUAUGAGUCGGAGGCCUGGGCCUGUGGAGCUGUCGAUGGGCAACGAGAACUGAAGAACCCUGUUCCCAAGGUCGAUAUAGCCCAAUUUGUAAUCUACUGGCCACACUAUAAGCGAUAUCACGAGGAGAAGAGGGUAUAUAUCUCAGGCGCACACCAGUAUUUUGGGCCAUUCGUCAAGGACCUCAAACCUACCGUUGAACCUGAGCGCUACCAUCACCGACCUGGUUCCAUUGCCGAGGCGCUGCGAGAAUUCCGCGACCCCGGUGUAUAA